UUUGGAUCAAUGCGUUUUAUUUUAUUUGUUGGAUUUUUUUUAUGCCUCCAUUUGUUAAUUUCUUGGAUAUAUGCUUAGGUUCGUAUACUCUUUUUUUUUUGCCUGCUGACUGUCAUAUUAUUCAUGCUCAGAUACAUGGGCUGAGGAUUUAAUGUAUUAACGUUUUUGGUCUGUGUGAUUGUAGGAUGUAAUUGUCUUUUUCUGGAUUAUGGGAAUAAAAAAAUCUUUUUUUAAAACAGAAAGUCGUUCUUACAUCGUGGACACUUAAGAGAUUUAUCUUCAUGGGUUUGUCUAAACUUUUUGAGUGGAUAUCUGUGUCCAAAUUGUUAGUGUCACGAGCAUUUUUAACCUUUUGAAGUUUAGAUUUUUUUUUUUUCCUGUUGGCUUUUGCUUAUUCUUGCAAAAUAUUGAGAAAAAGAAAUGAUAAGGUGAAGGGAAUUAGAAAUUGGGCUAAAGCUCUUCCUCAGAGAUGGGAAGUGGAGUUCUAGUUUGAUCCUAGGGCAUUUAAAUGCAGAAUUUGAGAUGUAGUGUGCUAGAAUAGAAUGCCAUGCUAACUGCUUGUUGGAAAGAACAUCAUUAGCCGAUGAUAGCCUUAUUUAAUCAAACAUCUUGUUGAGUUCUGUGAGCGGAAAUCAUUUGCUCAUAGAAGGGUGCUUCAUUUUCCGCUCAGGUGUGGCAUAUACAUAAGGUUAGCAAAGGAGCACAUGAUUUAUAUAUUCUAGUUCAAGAAGAUUGAGAGAUUCGCAGUAAUACAGAACAAUGGAGAACCUAGAUUCUGAACCCAUUCACUUUUUGACAUGGUUAUUUUUUUUAUUAACCUAGCCAUUUUAAAACUUUAAAAAUAUUUUUUACAGCUGGCAAAGAAAAACUUUCCGCACUUUUUCUCUGAUGCAAUAUUAUAAUGUACAAAUAUUCAUUCUUGACUUUCUGCCUUAUGGUGAGCCUGAUCUGUUUUGUGAUGAUGUAGUAGUUCUCAUUUUUCAAUACAUCUCUGUUAUAUUAUGUGUAUGUAUGAGAUGAUGGAUGGGGAUAAGUGGAGGUGUGUGGAAUAGAAAUUAAUUUUCACAUGUGCCUUUGUGAUCAGUUCUGGCUCCCAUAAGUUUUAUCCUCAAAACUAGGACUUUUUGGUUGGGAUAAAAUUCUGGGCAAUCCGAAGUGUAUUUUCGAGUUUGUAGUGAGAUGAUAGGUCAAAGAAAAUGAACCCACUUGAUCUAGUCUUAAACGUAAUCAAAGUGGACCUAAGUAUGCUUGGGAAGCUAUGGACAAUCUUUUAAACUAGAAGCUCUUUCAUCGUAAGUAACAUCAUUUGGGUGCAAUUGAUAGAUAUCCUUUGAACUUAGUUUGCAUCCCUCUCUUCAGCCUUCAAAGCAGUCUUAUCAUGGAUUUGCAUACAUCAUAUUGAAUUUGAAACUGUACCUUAUACCAUGCCUUAAUUUUAUUUAUUCAUCAUUUUCAGAGAAACAAAGCUGCACGAACAAGUUGCAGAUCUUUCUAAUUUUAUUUAUUCAUAUCUGUACCUUAUUGCUCCACUUUUUGUAAGUAUUUGUUUCAUGACUAAGAAAGAACCAUGAAAUUCAAUUGUUUGUUCAAAAUAUUUACUGCAUUGACGUGUUCUCUUGAUAAACUCUUAUAGAUCGAGCUUUAUUUUUCUGACAUAAUCCUUAAAAGUCACGGACACCAAUGUAAGAAAAAAGACAAAGUUGUACUUAAAGACUUAGAAAAUCUCUUUGGUGAUUUGAUAUCUAUAGCCACAAUCUUUCUAAGGCCUUCUAGGACAAUUAAAACUUGGUUGUGACUUGUUUUGGUGCCACAGCGAACAGAAAGUAGUAAACCAGUGCGGCUUACAAGGGGCACUAAUUUUGGUGGCAAGGUCAUGAUGAAAUUGACAAAAGAAAAUCAAAAGAGUUCAAACAACUAGACUAUAUCACUUACGGUGUGUUUGAUGUUGUGUUUUCUCUAUAAGAAGAGAAGCCAGAAGCUAGGUUUUCUAGCUUCCCCAAAAAGUGCUUUUUUGACUUUUCUUCUUCUAGAAGCACUUUUCAUAUAAUGUUACAAUCCCGUCUAUUUGGGAAUUUCUUUUGCUUUAAAAGUCAGAAAUGCACUUUUUUUAAAAGCAAUGCCAAGCAUGCCCUUUGUGUCAUCAGAUGCGAAGAGCAAACAACUAGAUUUUAUAACUAAUUCCUAGUUCAAAUUCAACAAUCCUUUUUCAUUUGUGUGCCCCUUAUUUUGAGUGCUAGAGUAGCCACCCAAUGGCUAUUCUGCUCAGAGUUUUCUAUUAAUGAAAUUACUACUCGUUUAAAAAUGUGGAAUAACAAUAUUAUUUUUUGUGUGCCCUCAAAUAAAACUCAUGCAGCUAAACAGAAUUUACAAUAUUUUUCAGUCAGCAAUUUGAAUGAGUUCAAAUUCCUUUUUAAUUCUUGUAGAUUCUGGGAAAUGAUUGCAUUGGAGAACAUAAAAUUCUACUCCUAGUGUCCACAAAUAGUUAGAAAUCAAAUUGGUCCUUCAUGUUGAUAACAUUUCAUUAAUGCUUUGGAUGAUGGACGAGGAGGGUUGGACUAGUAGAGACUUUAACUAAUCUGUGGAAAGGGGGCCAAAUUGAAGGUUUCCAAGGAAGUUGGUAAGACUAUAUUGAAGAUACAUGAUAUUUGACUGAAAAACAAUUCAUGAAUGCAUGUGAUGUUUUAAUGGUUCAAGAAGGAAUGGGAAGAUUGACUUAUCAGCACAUGGCCCCUUCAGUUUAGACUGUUUUCUAUAGCUGAACCCAUUUCACUGGGGGAGAAGCGUGGAUGAUUCUAGCGACAAUGAUGAUAAGUUGAUGCUGAAGAUUAAUUUGAUGUGAUGGAUUCUGAAAGCAAGAAGUUUGGAAGAGGACCUCGGGAACUUACUGGUGCUGUUGAUCUGAUCAAUCAUUACAAGUUGUGGGCACACCAUGAUUUUUUUUGCAAAAGAAGUCUGCCCUUGUCGAUUUCAGACACACACUAUCUUCACAAUGUGGUGGGAGACACAGAAAUUCGAAAGGGAGACGGGAUGGAGCUUGACCAGCUGUUUCAGAAUGCUCCAGACUUGAGAGAGACAACUGCUCACAUACGGCCAUUUGACUUGGACAUCCUUGGGCAAGCAUUUCAGCUGCGAGAAACAGCUCCAAUUGAUUUACCCUCCGCUGAAAAAGGAGUACCUACAAUUUAUUCAAAAUCAAAAAGUGAGUCCAAGGACAAGGAGAGGAAGCAUAAAAAGCACAAGGACAAAGAUAAGGAAAAAGACAAGGAGCAUAAGAAGCACAAACACCGUCACAAAGAUCGGACUAAAGAUAAAGAGAAAAAGAAGGAUAAAAGUGGCCAUCAUGAUUCUGGUGGCGAUCACUCAAAGAAACAUCAUGAGAAGAAGAGGAAGCACGAUGGUAAUGAAGAUCUUUCAGAUGCUCACAAGCACAAGAAAAGUAAGAAUAAGAGUUCAAAGGUUGAUGAAGUGGGAGGAUAAAGGUCGCAGGCCAUAAAAUCUGCUUGUCCGCUUAUUUAAGACAUGCGAUUAUUGAUGAUUUUUUUGAAGGAUUUUCUUGCACAAGCACCAAAAUUUUGUGAGGCUUUGCAGGAUUGGGACACCAUUCUAAUCAAGCUGGGAGUGGAAACGCUCGUAGCCGAGCACUUGCACUGAUGAUAUCGAACCUGCCUAACACUGGUCUCUAACCACUAUGUUACAAAACAGACUGUUAACUACUAACUGCAGUGCUGCGCAGCUCUUUGUGUCCCCCAAUCACUUUUAACAUAUGGUGCUUGGGGCACGUAGAGCCUACUUGUAAGGAACGUUAACUCGUCUGUUAUUGGUGAUCCAUUAGCUAGCACUUUGAAAUUUAAUUCAUGAAUCGAGUUCCGUCGGUUUAUGCACGUCAAUAAAAUGGUCAUGAGGGCAGGGUUACCCAACAUUUAGUAGUUCAGCGGCCUUUAAACAGCUCGCAGUAAUGGUGGAUCUUGUUUUCUUCAAUGACGUGCCCAUGAUGGGAAAUUUGCGGGGAUAGGUCCAUAUGGCACGCUGUACAGGACGUCAUAUCCUAUGCAUCUUUGAAGUGUUGACAGCAGAUGCCAAGAGAAUUAGGUAAGGCCAAAGAUUGCUGCCUGUUAAUCUAUCGACGGGUCUCAAGUGUUUUGCCUUCAGAAAAUCCUUCGUUAGGUAAAUCUGUAUAUGGAUACGAAUAUUAAUUGGAUGCUAAUAUCUAUUUAUAUAUAUUGGAUCGGUUAUUGACGGUAUGGA